GAAACUUGGAAAACAGUAGAAAUGAAUAGAAAGCGGUAGAAGUUUGUGGUCGUAAAAACUAACUUAUUGGAUUAUUAUGAAUAUUAUGAUCAUCUAUCAUCCAUUCUGAUCUAUUUUUCCUCUUGACCGUACACGCUAUGCGUUAGAAAUGACUGAAAUGAGCCAGAUACACAUUUGAUUUCAAUUUCUACUGAGUUAAAGGGUGAAAAGAACGAAUAAGACGCGUAUAAUCGACAAGCACAAAAGAUAUAGCCCAGCUAUUUGUUCGAUAAUGGAUAAAGGUGUCAGUGAUAGACAAAUGAGUCAAAAAUUUUUGAUUCCGCAACCUCCGAGUGGUGAUAAUCGCUCCAAUUACAAAAUACCUCCAUCUGUUGCAAAAACGAAGAAUAAUGAGAAAAGUAACGAGAGCAAUGUUAUUGAUUAUAAAAAUAUUUCACUCACUAUGACAGGAGAAAUAAGUUCCGGUUAUAUACACAGAAACAGUUUAAUGCAAAAGCAGCCUAAUAAUAAUAUUACUUUUAUAGAGGACACGGAAGAUGAUGAUGAACAGUUUAUCUUAAAUAUGAAAACGAUUAUUGACAAAAAUUAUAAAACGCAGGACAAGGAAAAUGUUAGCCUAAGAGAUUUGCAAAGCAAAUCUUAUUUGCCGAGAAAGAAGAAAUGUGUGUUCAGCGACGAGGAUCAAACUCUGAUGAAACGAUUUAAAAGAUCGGUGGACGAAAGUAAAGCUUCGAGCGCGGCUUCACGAAAGUCUUCGCAGUCAUCUAAUAAGCAAGUUGUUCCUGUUAGCAAUCACGGUUGCUCGACAAUCGAUACCCCACAGACGACGUCGAUCAUUCAACAUAACGAUAUGAAUUUCGGAGGCAACACAAACGAACUGUUUUUUCACGCAGCUUCGACUAUGCGGAACAAUAACCAACGGCUAGCACCAAGAAACGCGCAAAUUGUUGAAAUAGUAGAAUUCGAGCAGAUAAUUUAUCAAGAUAACUUAUUUAUGCCCACGCCUCCCCAGAGAGACGACUUGUAAUCCAUAAAAUGACUCGAUAGUUUAUAUAAAUUUAAAAUAAUCUUGGAGU